AUGGGAGCAAGUCGGAUUGGUGAUGUCGGUUACCUUAAGGGAGGAGUGCCUAAGCCCAUCGAUAAGGAUUAUGGCCUGCAACUGGCUCAUGGUAUUUGCUGUAUCUACAACCCCCUUGACAAGAACAGGGUCGCCUGGGCGCUCAGCACGAUUGGCCCUGCACGAAAAACUAAGACAAACCUCAACGCAGGUUACUUCGAGGGCCUGAAGAAAGAAGCUCUAGAGAUGGGCCAUGUGUUUAAAGAACCCUUAAAAUCAGUUGUCGAGGCCACAGUCCGAGAUACCGAGUUUGUCAGACCCGCAAACUAA